CGCGAACCCAUCAGCGGCGAGGCGCGCGGGAGCUGGGGCGCUGAGCCGGAGCCCCCCCGCCCGCCAGCCCCGCGCCCGGAUGAGGAGCGAUGCCGCUCGGUCUGGCCGCCCCCCGCGUGCGCCGCGCCGGAGACAAAGCCCGCGCCUGAGCGGCUCCCUCGGCCCGCGUCCCCGCGCCGGUGACCCUCGAGGCAGGAGCCCUGCAUCGGCCUCUCCUCUGAAGACUGUCGACUGCUGCUGCCGCCAGCCUGUCCCCUGCCCAGGCCUGUCCCUGUGCUGCCUCUUAGCAGGGGCAGCAGAAUGAAAGAGGGCAUGUCCAACAACAGCACCACUAGCAUCUCCCAAGCCAGGAAGGCUGUGGAGCAGCUGAAGAUGGAAGCCUGUAUGGACAGAGUGAAGGUCUCCCAGGCCGCUGCCGACCUCCUGGCGUACUGUGAAGCCCACGUGCGGGAAGACCCCCUCGUCACCCCAGUGCCUGCGUCAGAAAACCCCUUCCGAGAGAAGAAGUUCUUCUGCACCAUUCUCUGACUGUCGGUUAUGAAAAUAUCUCCUUCUCUGUCAGUAAAACCCCUGGUGGAGACCGUGCAUGCUCUUAGCUUUAGGGAGCUCCACCCACACCCAUCCCUGCCCAACCAGGAUCGCUGGGGCCUGUCUCGUCUUCUCAUUGGUUUUCUUCAUUGCAUUCAAUUUCACUUUUCUUUUUGUUUUCAUAGUAUUUUCUUUAUUGGCAAAGCAAAUAGACAUUUUUGUAGCCAAAUAACAAAUGUGCCAAGGAAAGAUAAAUAUGGAUUUAAGCGUUUAAAUUUUUUAAACAUCAAUUCCCAAGUUUAAAUAUAUCAACUUAAUAUAUGUCAGUGGAUAUUUGUUGAAAAGAAAAACUGUACUCAACAACCCCCAUUCACAGUAAUUCAGUACCAAAUUAGAGCAUUUUGACCAACUGAAAUAUAUGGGUAAAUUUCCACCUCCAUGCCUAGAUAAGCAGUUCUGAAAGUUCAUAUUUCCUGCUUUUCCAUCUUCCUACUAGAAAGAAAAGAAACCACAGCAUUGAUGGUUUUCUUAGUGUGUAUCUUCCUGCGGCCAUGUGGCCCAGACCCCACCAAGGGCCCCGGCCUCUGUUUCCCACUGAUUGUCGCUGACCACCUUGGAGGUGGUCCUCCUACAAGUGUAGAUGCUGGGCGGAUACUGAAGCAGGCUUAACUGUAAAUGUACACCGUGACAGCCAUCUGUUUACGUGCUCCAGCUGGCCCGGCCAAGGGUGCCAUCGUCCCUCUCCAUACGCCACCUCUUCCUGCUCCCUCCUAUUCUGGCUCCUCCUCAGUAGUUCUAACAUGGGUUGUGUCAAUAAGGACCCAUUCUGGGCAAAGCACUAGGCCCCGUGGGCUUUCACAGGGUGGCCCCUGUCCCAGAGGAGUGAGGCAUUGGGGCAGCAGCCCACUAGGUGCCAUCUACUGAUCUGAGCAUUGCCACGUAUUCACUUAUUUAAUCCUCCAACAAUAAAUAAAUGCCACGAGAGUACAUCUGUUUUAAAGAGAGGGAAACUGAGGCACAGAAAGGUCCUGUCGUUUCCCCAAAGUUAUAGAUGGUAAGCGGGAAAACGGGGGCUCAGUAGAGGUGGUCUGGCCCAGAGCCCUCCCUGAACCUGUGAGCUACGCUGCCUUCCAGGUCUCCCUGGGUGCAGGUGGGUAGACCCCCAAACGACCUGAACCUCCUGCUGCAAAGCACUGGCCCUGUGGUCCACUGGGCAGCUCGUGUCCCAUCUUCUCCGGGAGGAGGCCUGUUGGUCCGUAUUCUGGCAGCUUAUGGAAGAUGAUCCGUGGAUGCCCCAGUGGAAGGUUAGACAGCUCUUGGUUUUUCUGAGAGAAACUCGCAGGCGCCACCUUAAACAAACUCAGACCACCCCCGAUGAAAGAACAGAAUAAACCAUGGGGGCAGAGAGCUCUUUGUCUAAGUUUGUUCUGCUCCGUUUGUUUGGAAACCCUGUCUCUGGCUCUGACAGCGGCUUGCUGUGUGAUAGAGGGCAAGCCAUUGUGAGCCUGAGAUGCUCUAACCUGCACAUCGGGGAUAAUGGUAAUUCCUCCUCCCGCCUUUCUGUCUAGAGGAUAUCGAGAGGUGCUGCACAGAUGAAAGCUCUGAUUAUCAUUUAAAACAAAUAAAAUGUACUAAAUGCCAAGAUAUAACAUAGGGAAGAAGGCAUGACUUCAAAGUUACCACUGUUCAGUUGGAGGAAUAAUCUGCAAAGAGCCAAAUAUAAUUUCAGAUCAGUUAAUGACUUGCUACCCUUGUAAAUGGUUUUAGUACAUUCUUAUUCUUUGUUUCUUUUGUUGAAACCCAUUUUUAGUUGCAUUAAAGCUCACUGAUAAUAUCAGUGUUGUUAGGAAGCUGUGUGCUCAAACUAUAGGAGAACUGUAUGCUGUACGUGAUAAUACGAUUUCAAAUCCUUCUCUAUUUUGGUUUAUGACCAGCGUCUCUUUAUUCUGUGGUCCAUGUCAACAUCAUUAACCUGAUAAAGCAAAGCACAAUUCAUAAAAGCACAUCAGAGACGCGGAGAAAGUGGGACAGCAUGGAAACGGGCUAUAAAUCAGGUCAAGAAAAAAAUGUUCUUCUAGUCUUCCGCCAGACUUUCUCCCCUGUGUUUUUACUUCUACUGUCCCUCCAUAUUCUGCCUCCCCUUUUUUUCCUCUUUUUCUUUUUCUUCCUCUCUUCCUUACUUUGCUCUGUGAGAUGCUUGUCUUUUACUGUACCUUUUCCUUCCAAACCUAUGGCAUUUCUUAUGGCUUGCCUCUUCUGAAGUGUCCCUGAGCUCAGAGCAGUCUUCUUAAAGACCAGUUUGAGUACAUGGGCUAUGAGAUGCGCCAACGUGUGAAUGAGCCCCGUCCCCCUUCUAGCAAUCAUUGGGAGGUGAAUGAAAUGGAGUGAUCUUGUAGUGGACACUUGUCAUUUUGUGUCUCCAGUUUGGCUAUCCAGCAUCUGACCCCUCUUCCUCUAGGGGGAAAUCACCCCUUACAUAUAAAUUCAGUGGGAUGCAGUAACCCCUUCCACUGUGGAUGCUGAAGUGGGGAGGUCUUCCCUGUCUCUCAGGUGCACCCCCCCUUUCCAGCACCAACCAGCCAGGGAGUGGCCAGUGACCCUGGGUGAACUACUUGGACUCCCCUGCUUGGGAGUGUGAGCUUGGAGCAAGUGACGCAGAAAUGAAGGGAUGCUGAGGUUCAUUUCAUGGGAGCUGCAGUGGUCCAGGGAUGGCAGCGGCCCAGCGGGGGGGGGGGGGGGGGGGUGGGGGUGUCUAGGACUGGUAGGCUGCAGGGAUGGCAUGUCCACUGGUAACAAUGUCCAGGGAUGGCAGUGUCCUGAGAAGACCAUUCCUUGGCCCUACUGAGCUGUCUCAUCCCCGCCCAUCUUUUUAGGUCUUCUUUCUAGCUUUUUCUCAACUCUUUGAGCCUCCAAGCUCCAUCCAAUGAACUCCUUAUUCUUCAAUGAAAUAGCCUGGGUUGAAUGUACUCCAUUCCUAGAUGUAUACCCAACAGAAAUGUGUACAUAUAUUCACCAAAAGAAAUGUGCUAGAAUGUUCAUAGAAGCAUUAAUCAUAAUAACCCAAAACUGGAAACCACCCAAAUGCCCAAAAUGAAUGGAUAAUCAAAUUGUGGUAUAGUCACACUGUGAAAUCCUAUACAGCAAUGAGCACGAAUGAUCCACAGCAUGGGGUGAGACCCGCGAGAUGGGCAAGUACAUACUAUAUGAUUCUGUUUCUAUCAAGUUCGAAACCUGGCUAAGCUAACCUCUGCUGUUGCAAGUAAGAUAUCAGUUACUCUUGAGGGGAUGGUAAGCAGAAGGGGCACAAAGGGAGUUUCUAGGAUGUUCUGUUUCUUGACCUGGUUGCUGGUUAUCUGCGUGUAUUCAGUUUGUGAAAAUUCUUCGAGCUGUUAACUUUCGAUUUGUGCACUUUUCUGUAUGUACGUUGUACUUCAAUAAAGUUGGGUUUUGUGGCUAGCAA